AAUCUAAGUUUUGCAUCUUCUUAAAAAAGCACACACGUGAUUUAUUUCCUUCGUACUCCAGACAUUACUUUCCAUCCAUUUCAAUAUCAGCUGGCGAGCAUUAUAACCUGUUCUUUCCCAUCCCUAUGUUCCAUUUGUGCUAACAGCAACACCACCAUGUUUCGAUUUCUAGUUGUUGUGGCUGUAAUAAUAAUGUUGGUGAGUUUUGCGGAUGCACACAGAAUGGUGAAAGCAGAUGAAUACACACUUGAAUCGGUGAGAGAGUCUUUAAUCAGACAAGAAGAUACGAUAAUAUUUAGUUUGAUCGAGAGAGCAAGGUUUCCUCUCAAUUCUCCUACUUAUGAACGAAAUUACUCUUCCAUUCCCAACUUUUCUGGUUCCUUGUUUGAUUUCAUUCUACACCAAACAGAGGACAUUCAAGCCAAGACAGGAAGAUACAUGAACCCCGAAGAAAAUCCUUAUGAAGAAAAAUUAUCACCUUCAAUUGUGUCACAUUACAAUUUCUCACAGUUUUUGUAUCCUGCAGCGGCUUCAAUUAACAUAAACAAGAAAAUAAGGAAAGUGUAUUUCAACAAUAUACUUCCACUUUUUAUUGCUUUUGGAAAUGAUGGCAAUUAUGCACAAACUGCAGCCAAUGAUCUUUCAAUAUUACAGGCUAUCUCUAAAAGGAUUUAUUAUGGAAAGUUUGUAGCUGAAACGAAGUUCAGAAAAUCUCAGUGUGAGUAUGAGCCUUUAAUUCGUGCCAAGGACAGAAAAGCAUUGAUGAAUUUGUUGGUAGAUAAAAGAGUAGAAGAGAUAGUUCUAAAGAGAGUUGAAAAGAAGGCAAUGGUGUUUGGUGAAGAAGUGAGCAUUGAUUCUAAGAUCAAAGGAAAAUACAAGGUUGAUCCAUCAAUAGUUUAUAAUUUGUAUAAUAAAUGGAUAAUACCCAUGACAAAAGAUAUUGAAGUCGAGUAUAUAUUACGUCGUCUCGAUUGAAGCUUUUUAAUAACAAAUAUAUUAAUUACAUUUGUAGAAUUAAUAUGGAUUGUUAUCAUUUUACAUAUAAAAUGUUUGUGAUAAAAGUAA